CACAGAGAGAGAGAGAGUUUCCAGCUGUUGCAAGCGCGCGUGCCGAGGAAGCUGCUGGCUCUUUGCCCUCCGCGGCCGGGCGAAGGGGAAAGUCGGGGAAGCUGAGCCAGCGCCGGGCGGAGGCCGGGGAAGGGCGGCCGGCAGGAAGUUCCCGUUCUCGGGCGGGCCCUGCAGCUGCAGCGCCGUUGCAAUGCGAGGCGGAGGCAGCGGCAGCAGGAGGAGGAGGAGGAGGAGGAAGAGGCGGCGGGUUGCAAAGGCUCAAGAGCCGCCUCCUGCGCUCGCUGCUGCUGCUGCUGCGGCUCCUCCGGAUACCGACUGAGCCGCAGCCCGGCUCGGAGCACCCCACCUUCCCUGCUCAAGCCGAGAGAGACCCCCGCGGCUCUUCUCCAGGGUCCCGAAUGCGCUGUCCGAGCAUGGCGUUGCUGCGGUUGCUGCUGCUCUUGCCGCUUUGGGCGUCCUGGGGAUGCCUGGCAGAUACUUCCGGCCUACAACCCUGGAGCCACGACCCCCUUUGUUGGUCGGAGGUCACCCCGAGAAUCGUGCAGGCCGCUCGGCCGCUCGUGUUGGGUCCCCACAGUUUCCCCGCUCGGCUGCAGCUUGCUUUCGAAAUGGAAGGGGAGGGUCUGCUUCUGGAUUUGGCACAGAAUCGGGAACUGAUGAUGGGCAGCUCAGGGUUAAUGUACUACCUCCCAGAUGGGACAAGAACGGUGCAUCCAACCAGCCCGGAGGGCAACUGCUGUUAUCGGGGUAGCAUUCGAGGGUACCCCGACUCUUGGGCCAAUGUCUGUGUUUGUUCGGGUUUAAGUGGUCUCCUUACCGUCUCCCGGUUUAGAAGCUACAGCUUGGAGUCUACCCCAAACGGACAGACGAGGGCCUACAGACUUGAGGGAAUGAAGCCGGCAACCGCGGUUUGCACACAAAGCCGACGGUUUCACCCACAUCUGGAGUCAAAAAGGACACCGUUGCAACGGGUGAAGCGAGAAGCAGAGGUCGAGCGGGGUUACGUGGAGCUGGUGAUAGUAGCCGACCAUGCCGAGUUCAAGCUGGAUCCGAACCUCAACCGGACUCAAACACGGAUCUUGGAAAUCGCCAGCCACAUGGAUGGGUUCUACAGGCUGCUCGGUCUGCGGGUAGCUCUGGUCAGUGCCGAAGUCUGGAAUAACGGCAACCGAGUGUCGACAAACGGAAGUGCAAAAGAAAUUCUCCGGCGGUUCCUGGCGUGGAGAGAGAAGGAUUUGCUGCCCCAAAUUCCCCAUGACAACGUUCAGCUCAUUGUUGGUCCUCCAUUCCCCGCUGGCGUCAUUGGUGCGUCGACCCAAGGAUCCAUCUGCUUAAAAGGUUCCGGUGGGGUCAGCAUGGGCCAUUCCGUUAGCUCUUUGAUCAUGGCUUCCACCCUUUCGCACCAACUUGGCCACAAUCUCGGUCUCGCCCACGACAGCGACGGCUGUGGCUGCGACACUUCCAUCCGUCCCCAGAGCCGGAAGUGUAUCAUGGAAGCGCCGACAGGGAUUAUGCCCGGGUUGAGUUUCAGCACCUGCAGCCAACGACGCUUUCAAGAAAUCCUUCAGAGCAACCGAGUCGGCUGCCUCCUCGACCAGCCCGAACCGGCCCGCUUGGUGAAAUCCCGUUGCGGGAACCGCCUGGUAGAAUUUAAAGAACAGUGUGAUUGCGGCCUCUCCUUGGAGUGUACGGAUCCGUGUUGCAAUGCAACUACCUGCCAAUUGAUACCAGGAGCCCAGUGCGCCACCGGACAAUCUUGUUGUCACCAAUGCAAGCUACGCAGUGCUGGACACACCUGCCGUCCAGUCCAGAAUGAAUGCGACCUCCCCGAAUUCUGCGACGGGACUUCCGCACUCUGCCCUUCGAACGUCUACAAGCAGGAUGGCACCUUAUGCGAAGGGGGCAAGGCUGUGUGCCAUGGGGGCAUCUGCCCCACAUACUUAAGCCAGUGCCAAGCCCAUUGGGGUCCCGAUGCGGUUCCCACGUCGGAAGGCUGCGUGGCGUCUUUGAAUCAGAGGGGAGACGCCCGCGGAAACUGUGGGCAGAAUCCCGACGGAUCUUACAUUCCCUGUGCUAAGAGCGACGUCCGGUGUGGUCAGCUGCAGUGCGAGAAAAAACGGAACGGAACGGUUAAGACCCCCAAUUGCUUACGUGAUACUUUGAAGGUUGUCGUGGUGACCAACGUUGUAGAGGAGGCCUGGGCGUUAUCCGGGACAAACUGUGGUCCUAACAAAGUGACCCCUAGCCUUAGCCCUAUCCUAGUUGCAUGGAUAGGAGACCACUCAGAGUCACAGGUGCAAUUCCUGCACCCAGCCGAAAGGAUCACCCAACCGGAACUCCGAAGUUACAGCAAAGCGCCCCCAAACCGUCCUCGCCCCCCGCAGUGGAAAUCCAGCACGGAGCUUCAACUCAUGCCAACGUCUAAGCAACCGGUUGCACCGGGUGCCACGCGGCCUCAGCCACCCACCAAGCCGCUGCCGCCUGACCCGAUCCCGAAAGAUCCACAGGAUCCCGCUGGGAACAGACCCGGCCCUCCUAUACGCCCGUUGCCUCCUGACCCUAUUCCCAAAAUUCAGUCCCCGGGCCCCACCAAGCCUCCCCCACCCCAGAAGCCGCUGCCUCUGGAUCCGCCCUAUGCCACGCCCAGCUGUGACCCCGAAAUCCAGAUGUUGCCAUCCAGACCAGCUCCUCCACCGCCUCCCACGCUGGCCGGUUCUUCGGGAUACCCUCACGAAAUAUAACUUGGCUCGCUCGCACACCGAGAGCGCUAUCAACCUCGCACAAGGCACUUCUCGCGGAAAGGAUCGUCCGCCAUCUUUCCCGUCGCUCGCUUGGCUGUAGAGUUUGCACAAGGCCCUCCCUCCCCCCACCCUCCUCUCCAUCCGUCGUAAGCUCGGGACAGCGAUGGGGGCUCGUCCGGGACGGACAUGGGAUCCCUUGGACAUUUGGAGACCAGCAGCCGGAAGCCCUAAACGUGGCUAAAGCGACCGUCUCCUGCUUUAAAUCCCUUUCUUGGGGGAAUUCUGGGAAAAAUAUUUGCACUAGCAAGGUGGCGCUCCCUGGAGAUGCAGAUGUGGACGUGUGCAAUGGGAAUUACACACCUGGGCGUGUGCAAGAGGAAAGCUAUUCUCCAGCAGAGUUGGAUUCAUCGUUCACCCAACUGGCAGGGACGCCAUUUUUUUUUUCGUUUCUUAAUUAAAAAAAAGAUGGACUCCCUUGAUUUUUGGGGCAAAUUCUCUGGUUUUUUUGGAGCAAGGAAGAGUUGACCGACAGUGCUCGACUUAUAACUGUUCGUUUAGUGACCGUUCGAAGUGACCAGGUCCCUGAAAAAAGUGACUGGCGGCCAUUUUUCACACUUAAUGUGACAACUUGCAGCAUCCCUGUGAUCCAAAUUCAGAUGCUUGACAACUGACUCAUACUUACGACCUUUGGUGACCUUCUGACAAAGCCCAGAUUCGCUUAACGACCGUGUGGCUGAUUUAAGAGCUGAAAGAGAUUCACGUAAACGAACAUGGGAGAGAAAAGUCCUCACGUGGGGGCAAACCUGACACAUGACAAAUGUCUCUCUUAGCGACUUAAAUUUGAGGUCCGUUGUGGUCGUAAAUCGAGGACAGACUGUAUUCUCUUUCCUCCCCUUCCCAGUCUUUGCGUCAUUUGUCCACUAGAUGGCGCCUCAGUCCACUUUCUCCUUCUCUCCCAAAUCUUGCCUGUAAUUUAAUUUAAUUCGAUUUAUUAAACGGGUGGAAAAUUGGGAGCAGCCAUUCUCCAAAGAUGAAGGGACAGAAAAGGGCAGAAGGGCUCGGCAGCUGACAUUUUGCCCCGUUUUACGACCUUCCCUGCUGCGGUCGUUAAGAGAAUCGCGGAUCCCAACGUCCCCCUGGACUCGGCUGGUCAGAAGGUCGCAAAAGGGGGAUCGCGUGACACCGUGGCAACCGUCAUAAAUACGAGUCAGGCUGCCGAGCGUCCGAAUGUUGAUCACGAGGCUGCGAUGGUCGUUAAGUGUGGAAAACAAUCCCAACUUUCAGUGCCGUUGUAACUUCGGAUGGUCACUAAGUGGAACGGUCGUACGUCCAGGACUUACCUGUACAAGGGAACUGAGGCACCGUGCGGUCGAAAAUGGUGACCGGGAUGUUGGGAAGGUUUAAUCAGAAAUUUCCAGGUAAUCCUUGAGUUAUGACCGUUUAUUUAGUGACAGAAAUUAACAAUGGCGCUGAAAAGAAGCUAUUUGUGGCCAUUCCUCGCACUUACGACCAUCACAGCAUUCCCCCACAGUCACGGGAUCGGCAACCAGCUCAUAUUUUUAAAAUUUCACACACUGCAACCUUCCCAGAUGGCAAAACCAAUGGGAGGGGGGGAGCCGGAUUCACUUAAUGACGGAUCGGCUCAACGAGUGUGGCCCAAAAAAAAAAAAGUGCUAAAAUUGGUUGUGAUUCGUUUAACAACGGCCUCGCUUUUACAGCCUUUUUCAGCACCGUCGUAAGCUUCUGAGGGUCGCCACACGAACGUUUGUAAACAACAGAUAACAUCACAAGGUGUUGAAGGCACCUCAGCCGGGAGAUUCGGUUUCGCCCAGAUAGACUGCCUUUGGAGUUGGAGGUUCUGGCGGAUCCAGCUAGACCACUCCUCGCCUUGCAGGUGACACCUGGCCCGCUCUGAAGCAGGUGGCACUUAUCUACGUAGAUAAAACUGUAUAAAUAAACAUUUAUUUAUCUGUUAAA